GUUUGUUACCAUCACGUGACCGGCCUGCUUUCCAAGCACGUCACGCCAGUCGCUGACUUAUACCGUACCAGCUGGCAGCAACGGGCGCAUAUAUAAACCCCUCACCCAAAGAACAACUUCUACAAUCUCUCACUUCGUAUACGCUACCUAGUCUCAUAAUGGUUGCUGAAAUCUCCACCAAGGCAGAGCUCGAGAAGUAUACUUCCGAUCCCAACAAGCUCACCGUCAGCAUUUGUUAUCGAUUUUACCGCUUCUUGGUGCCCACCUUGCCAGGCCAUCAAGCCGAUUUUGAGAGUCUCGCCAGAGAGAACGGCAAUGUGAACUUCGUCAAGGUUGACCUCUCUGAGGGCACGAACGACCUCGCCACCAUCUACUCCGUCACUGCUAUGCCGACCUUCGUCUUCCUGGUGGGCGGCAAUGAAGUGCACAGGAUCCGCGGCGCUAAUCCGAGUGGCCUUAAAUCGAGUGUCGCUCAGUUCGCCAAACCCGCAUCUUCUGGUGCGUUCUUGGGGCAAGGCCGCACCCUUUCGGGCAAGGACAAUUCAUCAUCGUCCGUUCCUACUUACAAUGUGUCAAACAGCUUAACUGCCACAUGGUCGAACAUGAACCCCCAAGCGAAAGUUUUAAUUGUACUUUGCGCGGCAUACGCGUUUUUCUGGCUGAUAUAGAAAAGAACAAAUUUGUAGAUCAGGUUGCGCGCUGGUGUAAUACAUGCAGAUAAGAUGCAUACAAUCUUCAUCUUUUAAAGUAUUGCGUUUGCGAAUUCGCGUUGGAUAGCGGAUAUCUUGGUGCACAACCGAAAAGUUAGAACAGUACUAUAUGGAUGGUGGGAUUAUGGCUCUGAAGAAUAUACAGUCCUGUCCCUUGAUCGUAGCCUGAGGCUUCGUUUCUUGGUAUCGACCACAAGAGCUCAUUUUGUGAAUCAUUUAUACAUUGCGACUGCUCUCAAAGCUAACAGCUAGACUGUAUUG